UCUUGUUUUGAAGGUGUGGACCGGAAGUUGCACGAGGCAGUAGCAUUAGCUUGACGAUUAGCGGUGAAAGUCAGCACCACCGAGCAGCUGAUGCUUGUAACUACAGAGGCUAAAAAUAAUCAACUUUUUUGUUUUUUUCUUGCUCCAGCCUUCUCUGUGUUUUAUUUCUCUUCCGUUUCUUUGUUCUCAGUUUUCUUUUCAUCCCAGAAUCCAGCGAAGUGGAAUGAAUCUUUGAGGAUUAAGACUUUUUCUCGAGACGUCUGUGGUUGGAGCUGAAGGCAUGGCCUUUUCCUUUUGUGGCAACGACAAGAACAUCAGUGCCUACAGCGUGGAGAAGGGCGUGCUGAACAACGGCUGCUUCGUGGACGCCCUCAACCUCGUUCCUCAUGUGUUCCUGCUCUUCAUCACCUUCCCCAUCCUCUUCAUCGGGUGGGGCAGUCAGAGCUCCAAGGUCCAGAUCCAUCACAACACAUGGCUCCACUUCCCUGGCCACAACAUGAGGUGGAUCCUCACCUUCCUGCUUCUGUUUGUCCACGUGUGCGAGUUUGCCGAGGGCAUCGUCUCCAACAAGGUGAUGAGCACCGAUCACCUUCAUCUCUUCAUGCCAGCAUUCAUGGGUUUUAUAGCAGCAACAACAUCUGUGGUUUAUUACCACAACAUAGAGACAUCCAACUUCCCCAAACUGCUGCUUGUCCUCUUCAUCUACUGGGUGUUGGCGUUCAUCACAAAGUCCAUCAAGCUGUGGAAGUUCACGGAGUUCGGCGUUGGACCACAACAUCUGCGGUUCUGCAUCACGACUCUGUUGGUGAUUCUGUACGGGCUCCUGAUGGCUGUGGAGGUGAACGUCAUCAGAGUCAGGAAAUACGUAUUCUUUGCCAACCCUCAGAAGGUGAAACCACCUGAAGAUUUACAGGACUUGGGAGUUCGAUUCCUGCAGCCUUUUGUCAACUUGCUUUCUAAGGCGACAUAUUGGUGGAUGAAUCCUCUCAUCAUCGGAGCCCAUAAAAGGCCGAUAGAGCUGAAGAAGAUUGGGAAGCUCCCAAUCGCCAUGAGAGCCCUCACCAACUAUCUGCGACUCAAAGACGCCUAUGAGGACCAGAGGACCCCAGAGGAUCCAGACCAGAACCCGUCCAUCUGGCGCUCCAUGUACCGGGCGUUUGGCCGCCCCAUCCUGCUCAGCAGCACCUUCCGCUACCUGGCAGACCUGCUGGGUUUUGCGGGGCCUCUCUGCAUCUCUGGCAUUGUGAAGCACCUGGAUGUGACGGAGGUUGUUUCAUCAGAAGACAAGAAAAAUGAAACGUAUUUAGGAGUCUACUUCAUGUCGUCCACUGAGCUCCUGCAGAACAGUUCAGUCCUCUCGGUUCUUCUCUUCCUGGCUUUGGUCCUGCAGAGGACUUUCCUUCAGGCCUCCUACUACGUCACCAUAGAAACGGGCAUCAACCUGCGUGGAGCUCUGCUGGCAAUGAUCUACAACAAAAUCCUCCGUCUGUCCACCUCCAACAUGUCCAUGGGGGAAAUGACGCUCGGGCAGAUCAACAACCUGGUUGCCAUAGAAACCAACCAGCUGAUGUGGUUCCUGUUCCUCUGCCCUAACCUGUGGGCGAUGCCUGUGCAGAUUGUGAUGGGAGUGAUCCUGCUCUACUACCUGCUGGGCUGGAGCGCUCUGGUGGGGGCUUCAGUCAUCGUUCUGCUGGCUCCAGUUCAGUAUCUGAUCGCCACAAAGCUGGCGGACACGCAGAAAAACACACUAGAACACUCCACAGACCGACUGAAGAAAACCACAGAGAUCCUGAAGGGCAUCAAGCUGCUGAAGCUGUACGCCUGGGAGGACAUCUUCUGCGGCAGCGUGGAGGACACCAGAGGCAAAGAGCUCACCAGCCUCAAAACGUUUGCUUUCUACACGUCAAUGUCCAUCUUCAUGAAUGCUGCUAUUCCCAUCGCUGCUGUUCUCGCGACGUUUGUGACGCAUCACUUCCUGAAUAAAACCGGCCCCACGUCGUCGGAGGCCUUCGCCGCUCUGGCGCUGUUCCACAUCUUAGUGACGCCGCUCUUCCUGCUCUCCACUGUCGUCCGGUUCGCCGUCAAAGCUCUGGUCAGUGUCCAGAAGCUCGGCGAGUUCCUCCAGAGCGACGAGAUCGGAGACGACAGCUGGAGAAACGGAGACAUUUCAAUCUCCUUGAAUGCAGGAAAGAAGCACAUGGGAAUGACCAAAGCCAUCAACAGGAAGCAGCCGAUGCGCUACCAGAUGGACAACUACGAGCAGCCAAGCAGGCGGCAGAUGAGGCCCACGGAGACAGAGGAUGUGGCCGUGAAGGUGAGUAACGGAUCCUUCACCUGGGGAAACAACCUGCUGACGCUAUCGGACAUCAACAUCCGCAUCCCCACAGGUCAGCUGACUAUGAUUGUUGGUCAGGUGGGUUGUGGGAAAUCCUCUCUGCUGCUGGCCAUGCUUGGCGAGAUGCAAGCGAUUGAUGGAGUCGUCUACUGGAGCAAGCCGACUGAUUGUGAGCUGGUCCACGAGGGGAACAUCAGCAAAAACAGAAACUCCGUGGCCUACGCCGCCCAGAAGUCCUGGCUGCUCAACGCCACGUUGGAGGAAAACAUCACCUUUGGCAGUCCGUUCAACAAGCAACGGUACAAAGCUGUGAUCGACGCCUGCUCUCUCCAGCCAGACAUCGACCUGCUUCCUUUUGGAGACCAGACUGAGAUUGGAGAGCGGGGCAUCAAUCUGAGUGGAGGUCAGAGGCAGAGGAUCUGUGUGGCCAGAGCUCUGUACCAGAACACCAACAUCGUCUUUUUGGACGAUCCAUUCUCAGCCUUGGACAUCCACCUCAGCGAUCACCUGAUGCAGGAAGGAAUCCUCAAGUUUCUGCAGGAUGACAAGCGAACAGUGGUUCUGGUCACACAUAAGCUGCAGUACCUCAUCCAUGCAGACUGGAUCAUAGCGAUGAAGGACGGCUCCAUACUCCGAGAAGGAACCCUGAAGGACAUCCAGACUCAUGACGUGGAGCUGUACGAUCACUGGAAAACGCUGAUGAACCGACAGGAUCAGGAGCUGGAAAAGGACACACAGCAGGACAGUCAAACCAUGCUAGAGAGGAAGACUCUGCGCAGAGCUUUUUACUCCAGAGAGGCCAAGAAUCAAGUCGAUGACGAGGACGAAGAGGAAGAGGAGGAGGAAGACGACGACGACAACUUUUCCCUGAUCGCCAACAGACGGUCAAAGAUUCCAUGGAAGGUGUGCUGGUGUUACCUGUCGUCUGGUGGCUUCUUUAUGGUUUUCCUGAUGGUUUUCUCCAAACUCAUCAAGCACUCCGUCAUCGUCGCCAUCGAUUACUGGCUCGCCAUCUGGACCUCUUCUAAAACGGGCUCGCUCAAUGAAACCCUGAGCCGCAACGUCUCAGAGGUACGAGGACGUCCGCUGCGUUUUCAGGGUUCAGUCACAGAAAACGACCUGAAGCUUCUGUUUGUUCAGGAUUCUCAGCAGGACUCCCACUAUCUGCCCAUCUUCAUCUCCCUGUGCGCCGCGGGAAUAACCUUGUGUCUCAUCACGUCGCUGACCGUGGAGUUCCUGGGUCUUUCUGCAGCCACCAACCUGCACCACAACCUGCUCAACAAGAUCAUCCACGCUCCCAUCAGGUUCUUUGACGUCACUCCUUUAGGACAGAUCCUGAACCGAUUCUCAGCAGAUACCAACAUCAUCGACCAGCACAUUCCUCCAACGUUAGAGUCUCUGACGAGGUCCACGCUGCUGUGUCUGUCGGCCAUCGGCGUCAUCUCCUCCAUCACGCCUGCUUUCCUCAUCGCCCUGAUUCCUCUGUCUGUGGCCUUUUACUUCAUCCAGAAGUAUUUCAGAGUCGCCUCCAAGGACCUUCAGGACCUGGAUGACUCCACACAGCUCCCUCUUCUCUGCCACUUUUCUGAGACGGCUGAAGGUCUGACCACUAUUAGAGCGUUCAGACAUGAAGCGCGGUUCAAGCAGCGCAUGCUGGAGCUGACAGACACCAACAACACCGCCUACCUGUUUCUGUCCGCUGCCAACCGCUGGCUGGAGGUCCGAACGGACUACCUGGGAGCGGUGAUCGUCCUGACGGCAGCGACGGCUUCCAUAUGGAGUUCUCAGUACGGUCUGCCUGCUGGAGGUCUGGUGGGUCUGGGCCUCACCUACGCCCUCACCGUCACCAACUACCUGAACUGGGUUGUGAGGAACCUGGCGGACCUGGAGGUCCAGAUGGCGGCGGUGAAGAAGAUCAACAGCUUCCUGGGAACGGAGUCGGAGAACUACGAGGGAUCGAUGGACGCCGCCCAGGUUCCUCUGGACUGGCCUCAGGACGGCGAGAUCAAGAUCCAGGGUUUGUGCGUCCGCUACGACCCUUUGCUAAAGCCGGUCCUCAAACACGUCAACGCCUACAUCAAACCCGGUCAGAAGGUGGGAAUCUGUGGUCGCACCGGCAGCGGGAAGUCUUCGCUGUCGCUGGCCUUUUUCAACAUGGUGGACAUUUUUGAAGGAAAGAUCAUCAUCGACGGGAUCGACAUCUUCAAGCUUCCUCUUCACACUCUCAGGUCUCGGCUCUCCAUCAUCCUGCAGGACCCGGUUCUGUUCAGUGGGUCCAUAAGAUUUAAUCUGGAUCCGGAGAGGGAGUGCAGUGACGACCGCCUGUGGGAGGCGCUAGAGAUCGCUCAGCUGAAGAACAUGGUCAAAGCUCUUCCUGGCGGCCUCGACGCGGUGGUGACUGAAGGAGGAGAGAACUUCAGCGUCGGUCAGAGGCAGCUCUUCUGUCUGGCCCGAGCUUUUGUCAGGAAGAGCAGCAUCCUCAUCAUGGACGAAGCCACAGCAUCCAUAGACAUGGCGACGGAGAACAUCUUGCAGAAGGUGGUGAUGACGGCCUUUGCGGACCGGACGGUCGUUACGAUCGCCCACCGAGUGCACACCAUCCUCACGGCCGACCUGGUCAUUGUGAUGAAGCGAGGCAACAUCGUGGAGUACGACAAACCCGAGACUCUGUUGGAGCAGGAGGACGGGAUGUUCGCCUCCUUCGUCAGAGCCGACAUGUAACCACGACGAACCGACUCGAUGAAUUCAACAAGAGCGACUCGAGCGGUCCAAGUUGGUCGGUUUGGUGUCUCGACUCAAACAAGAGAGUCAGAACCGUCCGCUCAUCUGUUUUCUUCGGGUUCCGACUCUCCCUGCCAACAGGUGUGAGGUAGAAAGACUUUAGUGGAGCCAGGCUCCGUUUCCAUGACAACAAGACCUGAUAGAAUCACGGUUCAUCCUUCUGCUUCAUGCUGGAUUGGUCACAGGCUGCUGGAGCCUAUCCCAACACGGUUCCUUCUGGACAAGCCGGCCCCGGUUCGGUUCUCUUCCAUCCGGAGCGUGGAAUGGAGCACUCACAGCAGCCAAACAAACCAUUUUUAGGAUUCAUGGAACACGUUUAGGAAGACUUAAAUUCUUAAUAGAAAGUGAUUCCAGUGACAAAAUGAAAAAUACGUAACAAACAAAUGUUUUCUUGCCACUUUUACGGCAUUUCAUGGGUAUUUUUUGGCGCAAAAACAGCCCCACUGUUUAAAACAUGGCAGUGGUAGCAUCAUGAUAAGGAACUUUUUAGGUUCUUCGUUCAAAAAUGGUUUGAAGUUCAGGAUGAGUGUCCGAAGAGAAGAACCACCAGAAGAGGGCGCUGUUGAAAGUGAAAACAAGUUUACUCGACAUUUCCGGAUUGAUCGUAACGGUUUAAAGAUCUUAAAGAUUUGAAUGUUUUAGGUCAAAAACACAGUUUUAGCUUCUUAUCGUUGGUCGACUUGAAGCUUCGACACAAGUCGUGAAAAAUUUUUGUACAGUUUAUAUGAAGUUUACUGAAGAUUCACCUCUUAAACUUCAGCCAAAUCACUCCGAUGACGAGAAGUUAGUGUAUGAGACAGAAUAAGGGGGUGGAGUCACCGCCGGCGUGUUUAGAUUUGGUUUUGUUGUGGAAAUUGUGACGUAGCUUCAAGCAGAAAGUUCUACAGAUAGGAUUUAAGAAUUUUGUAAAAAAGUUUCUAACCGUUUAUUCGUUCAUAUCGAUUCACGUUAUGCAAUAAUGAGGACACAUGGGGGGCGGGGUCACUGAAACUUUUACUUUUCUUUUUUAAAUGUACUUAUUUUAUGGUCAAUUUGUGCCGCAGAAGCAAAACUGAUGAAAUGACAAGAAUGUUGAAGAGUUUAAACUUUAAGAAUUUAAGGUGGAAAGACGACAACACAGUUUGUGGAUGAAUCACGUAAAACUGUUCAAAAUAAACCAACUCCCAACAUUUAAA